AUGGAUGCUGAGUGCAUGCAGCUGUGCCGCAAGCACAAGAUCGCCGCAUAUGGAGAGGGCAUUGGCCAGAGCGUGGGGCGGCUGAAGUUUGGCUCAGUGAGGGAGCUGCUGGAGGCUGGCUACCAUGCUCUGCUGUUUGACCUGGACCUCGCCAUUCUCCAGGACCCGUUCGCCUCCAUGCUGCCCCCAAGUAACAGCAGCUGGGAUGUUCAGGUGCAGCGGGAUGUUAAUGAGAUGGUCAACAUCGGCUGGGUGCUGUCCAGGAGCAGCCAGGGCGUGAUACGGCUGUGGCGCGAGGUGGAGGCCAGUUACGCGCAGAGCGGGAUGGACGCGGGGGGUGGGGAUGACAACGCGUAUCAGGGGCAGGUCAUGUUUGGCAACCGUCUGGGCGAGUCGUCCCUCAGGGUCCACCGGCUGCCGCUGGAGACCUUCCAGAGCUGGAUGUUCCUGAGCAAAGACUCCCUGUACCAGGAAGAGGUGGUGGAGAACGGCACCGCCAUCCUGCACUUCACCUGCGCGCAGGGCACCCCCUACAAGGACUACCUGGCAAAGGCGCUGGGCACCUUCAAAGACGCCCGCACGGGCUACUACUGCUCCCCUCAGCCCACUCUUGAGGUGGACAUACUGGCCUGGCGGGGCACCGUCGAGCAGCUGGCGGCCCGCCUGGCCUUUGCCAUCCAUGCCGCCAAGGCGACAGGGCGGGCCCUGGUGUUGGGCAAGUGGGCCUGGGUGGAGCACGAGGCCCAGACCCACCGCCUGCCCUUCAUCCGGGUCUUCAGCCUGCUGGCGGGCCCGAUCCGCUCGGUCCAGAUUCGUGAGUACAAGUACCACGUCCACCAGGCAAGGCAGUGUGGCGGCGACCUGCGCUCCCGCCCCAUCAGGGCCGUCUACCUGCCGCCCGCCCCGCCCACCCAGGAGACUGUGGAGGCCCUGGCCCGCGACCGGCGCCCCAGGCUGGUCCUGGCCCUGCACGAAGGCACCGACGCCAGCGCCAGGGAGGCAUACGAGCAGCCGCACACAUGCGACCUCGCGAAAGUGAUCCGCGGGUGGGAGUGCCUGGAGGACUGCCCCUGA